GAGGAAUCUAUUAAGAUGAAGCUGAGUCUUACCAAAGUAGUUAACGGCUGUCGCCUAGGAAAAAUUAAAAAUCUUGGCAAGAAAGGGGACCUCACCAUGGACAUUCCAGGCUGCCUUCUGUACACCAAGACUGGUUCUGCUCCUCACCUGACCCAUCACACUCUGCAUAAUAUUCAUGGUCUCCCAGCCAUGGCUCAGCUUACAUUGUCGUCACUGGCAGAACAUCAUGAAGUCUUGGCAGAGUAUAAAGAAGGAGUUGGAAAGUUUAUAGGCAUGCCAGAAAUGCUGUUAUACUGCUCGCUGCAUGAUCCAGUUAGCCCCUGUCCGGCUGGUUAUGUAACAAAUAAGUCUGUGUCAGUGUGGGGUGUUGGAGGACGAGUGGAAAUGACUGCUUCAAAAUUCAUGGCAAUUCAGGAAUCCCUUCAGCCUGACUGGUUCCAGUGUCUCUCUGAUGGAGAAGCAUCAUGCGCUGAGACACCAUCCUUAAAAAGAGCCAGAAAGUCUGUAGACCGAUCACUUCUCUUUCUGGAUAAUUGUCUUCGUCUACAGGAAGAAUCGGAGGUUCUUCAGAAAAGUACCAUCAUUGGAGCCAUUGAAGGAGGAGAUGUGAUGGAGGAGAGGCUGAGGUCGGCACGAGAGACAGCCAAGAGGCCUGUAGGGGGCUUUCUUCUGGAUGGCUUUCAAGGGAACCCAGAGACCCUGGAGACCAGACUGCACUUGCUGUCAUCAGUCACUGCGGAGUUGCCAGAGGACAAGCCCAGACUCAUCUGUGGUAUCAGUCAGCCAGAUGAAGUGCUGGAGUGUAUUGAAAAAGGAGUGGACUUAUUUGAGAGUUUUUUUCCUUAUCAAGUGACAGAGCGCGGAUGUGCCCUCACUUUCAGCUUUCAUUACCAGCCAAAUCCUGAGGAGACAUUAUUACAACAAAAUGGGACACAGAAAGAAAUAGAACACGUGGCUCAAACAAAGAAAAUUAAAACAGCUAAUUGCAACCAAGAAAUGACAUCAUUUGAAAUCAAUCUGAAGGAAAAAAAGUAUCAGGAAGACUUCAGCCCAGUGGUGAAAGGGUGUUCCUGUUACUGCUGUAAGAAUCAUACACGUGCAUAUAUCCAUCAUCUGCUGGUGACCAAUGAGCUAUUGGCUGGAGUCCUGCUUAUGAUGCACAACUUUGAACACUACUUUGGGUUUUUCCACUCCAUCAGGGAAGCACUAAAAAGUGACACACUGGCAGAAUUGAAAGAACUCAUCUGUAGGCAAGCAUCUUGACACCUGGCAAACAAAGGCAACUCUUCACAAAAAAGCCUGUACCACUGUUGCAGUUUGGCUCAAAAGAAGAAACAAGAAAUGAGCUUGGUUUAUAUAAUUUCUAUUUGAGAGUAAGGCCUGUUUAAAUAAAAAAUGUCUCUGAACGAACCAAAGUGCCCGCAUGAUCCAGGUAAUACCUGGCCAGCCAAGGCCAGUGGGUCAAUAUGACUCUGUUUAGGCAUUCUUUGGGUCACCAAAGUCACCCCAACAUUGCUUAGAGGCCAGAGCCUUCAGGACACUAUCCCACUGGACGUGGGAGAGGCUGUACAGAAUGGAAGAUUGAUCAAAGGUCAAUUUAAUCUCUACUGAAUCACUGAGUCAAAGACAAAAGCUUUAGAAGUGAAGGUACUGCUUUGAAGUAGGGGCAAAAAAGAUUCUCAGAGUUUUCUGACUUG